CUGCGGGGAGAAAGGUUCAUAUCCGCGUUGAGGAAGACGGAGGAGCUGGCCUCUGGGUUCAACCUCGCGGAUUUGUAUCCAUCCCUGGGUUUCCUCGGCGCGCUCACCGGGGUGACUUCACAGAUGAAGAAGGCUCACGGGGACGGCGAUGGGAUCCUGAAUCAGGUAAUGGAGGAGCACCGUGCGAGAAGGGAAGCAGCUGAAGCAGCUUCGGCCGGCCUCGGAGCCGAGAAGAGGGAGGAGGACCUUGUAGACGUUCUUCUGUCGGUUAAAGAGAAGGGGGGCCUUGAGUUCCCUCUCACAGAGACGAACAUCAAAGCUGUGCUCCUGGACAUGUUCAGCGGAGGGACCUCAACGGUGUCCGGGACCUUGGGAUGGACGAUGGCGGAGCUGAUGAGACACCCGGAGGUAAUGAAGAAGGCGCAGUCGGAGGUCAGGCGAAUCCUGAAGAGGAGAGAAAGGAUCGAAGAGGAAGACUUGAGACCCCUGAACUACACGAAACAAGUGAUGCAGGAGGCUCUGAGGCUGGCACCCGCGUUCCCUGGCUGAUCGCCAGGGUGUGCA